GAAGAAGAUUCUACUAAAAAGAACUAGAUUUGAACAUGGAAAGACUCCCUGUAGAGUUGACAGUGGUACGGUCUCAGCCUGGUCCAGUUUCUGAUGGUCAGUGGAGCACAGGACUGUGUGAAUGUUGGGGGGACAUGGGUGACUGUUGUUUUGCUCUCUGGUGUUUGCCUGUGUUUGCAUGUAAGACGAGCAGAGCUGCAGGAGGAUGUGUGUGUUUACCUCUGCUGGAUUGUGUCAGCUGUGUUCCUCCAGCGUCCCUGGCUAUGCGUGCUGCAGUAAGAGAACGCUACGGCAUAGAGGGCAGUCUCUAUAGUGAUUGUUUCUAUGGCUGCUGUUGUUAUCCUCUGUCCUGGUGUCAGAUCUCCAGAGAGAUUAAGAGAAGAGCAGCUGCACUGUCCCAUGCCCAGUCUUCCUCACACUCUUCUAAAAGAUGGCGUGUGCCACUGGUCCGUCUGUCUAAUGCUCACCUUGUGUAGGACAAAAGCACACACACACCACAUUCAUAACAGUAAACCACAGCGCGCUCUGAAAGAUUAUUCAUUAAGAUUGAGAAGCUGACGAAGCUGACGACUCUGUUGACUGGUCUGCCGGUUCUUCUGAAUAGAAAGGGUGUGACACUUCAACACACAAAGUAAACUUCUUUUCAGAAAAAAAUGUUUUGCAUGCCACAAUUUAUCCUUAUAAAAACUAGUCCUGAACUCUCCCCUACUGAAUUUUGAAGAAUGCUGUCUUUCUAUGUAUGCCAAAGUUGUGAAUGUGCAAUGUUAACCUUUGGUGUGUUUGUGCACAUUUAUGUAUGUAUGUGUAAUAUCUUUGACAAUUUUUGUUUCCAUUUUAUUUGAGUUAUUCAUUAUUACUUAUGCUCCAUUUAUUCUUCCUUUGUUUCUGAUGUGUAUCUGUUGUAUCUGUAUGAAUACUUGAACAGUUUUGUUUGUUGGCAGAAAUCCAGAUGGGAAUUAAAAAUAAAUUGUAGUAACAUGACUUAAAGGCUUUUAAAAAUACAAAACAGAUUUAUGAAGUUAUUCCAUAAAUAUCCCUUAAGCAUUUUCUGAUACAUACUUUAAGUACUGCUUAUUGAACUUCACAAGGUUACUUGUUAAUUUUUUCUUUAUUGGAAACAUAACAUACAGUACACCACAUGUUUUAUCCGUUUAUAAUUAUAUUUAAUGUUGUGAAACGUUUGCGAAACAAGCUCCCGUUAUGACUUUAAUUAUACCAGCCUCUCUCUCUUUUCUCUGUUUCUUGGAGCUAAUACGAAGAAAACUACACCUUAUAACAAAAAUUGAAAAGCACAAACUUCUCUGUCCUGAAGAUCUUCCCUAUGUUGGAAAACUUAAACAGCUUUAUCUCAAAGCUCUGACACUGACUGAAGCGUUUGACCUUACAUGAAGCUUAACCAGAGCAAGGUUAAAUAACAACUUUUUAAAAAUCUGCUAACUGUUAGGCUCAAAUUAUAUGGAAUAUCCACCAUACAAGUGGAAUGAACUGUUACUAUAGAAACAAUAAUGUACUGUAUUAGAACGAGAGCAUCAAUAUAAACUCAUGAUUUGACUUAGAGCCAGGACUACUGUCAGAGCUGAUGUUAUAGAAAGUUAAUCAACAGCUUCUGACUAAUCAAAUUCGAUAAUUCAACAUGCACUCAUUGUUUAACUAUUAGGAACACCUUGAUAUCUACAUAUUAAUGCAAUUAAUAUGUAUAUCAAACCACUUGGGGCUGGUUUGAAUAUUUCCAGAAACUGAUUUCCUGGAAUUUUCACAUCUCUAGAGUUUACACAGAA